GCCGCCUCGCUCGGCCUCCGGCAGCCAUCGUUUCUCGGCCCGAGUGCCGCUUCGGCUCGGAAGGCCCCGCCACACUUCGCUCCCUCCUUAGGGACCAGACCCAAGCUCGAGAAGGAAAGACCAGGGAGCAAGUCAGUAAGGGCCGGCGAACCGAGCGUGCAGAAAAGUGGGGGGAGGGGGCGGGGAGAACCGCGACCGGCCGACGCGCACGGCCGCCUCCGCGACUGUCAUGGCCGCCGGCCACGUGACCCUGGCUCGGCUCGGCUUCCGGACACUCUAGCUGCGUCGUCUCGACUCUCCCGGCUGGCCCCUCUCGUCCCUCGGCGGACUCAUCUCGCCUCUCCUCGCGCUGCAAGAGUGCCGUGCAGACUUGAGGAGCGCGAAUACAACUGGAGAAGAUGACCCACUGGUUUCACAGGAACCCAUUAAAAGCUACAGCUCCUGUCUCCUUUUCCUACUAUGCUAUGAUCACUGGCCCUCCUGCUUCAAAAAUUUGCAAUGACUUGCGAUCAUCCAGGGCCCGACUCCUUGAAUCCUUCACUGACUUGAGCUGUGACCCAGAAACGAUGAAGAACGCAGCAGACCUGUACUUUUCACUUUUACAAGGUUUUAUAAAUUCACCAGAUGAAUCUACCCAGGAAAGUAAGUUACGAUAUAUUCAAAAUUUCAAGUGGACUGAUACGUUACAAGGACAGGUUCCAAGUGCCCAGCAGGAUGCUGUUUUUGAAUUAAUUUCUAUGGGAUUUAAUGUAGCAUUAUGGUAUACCAAAUACGCUUCAAGACUGGCUGGAAAAGAAAAUGUCACAGAAGAUGAAGCAAAAGAAGUCCAUCGAAGUCUCAAAAUUGCUGCCGGGAUUUUUAAACAUUUAAAGGAAAGCCAUAUCCCCAGGCUUCUUACCCCAGCAGAAAAGGGGAGGGACUUAGAGGCACGGCUCAUAGAGGCUUACAUCAUCCAGUGUCAGGCGGAAGCUCAAGAAGUAACAAUUGCCCGGGCCAUUGAACUCAAGCAUGCCCCUGGACUCAUUGCUGCUCUGGCAUAUGAAACCGCCAGUUUCUAUCAAAGAGCAGAUCAUACUUUAUCCAGUUUGGAGCCGGCAUAUUCUGCUAAAUGGAGAAAAUACCUGCACUUGAAAAUGUGUUUCUACACAGCUUAUGCAUACUGUUACCAUGGUCAGACUUUAUUGGCUAGUGAUAAGUGUGGAGAAGCGAUCAGGUCUCUCCAAGAAGCAGAAAAAUUGUAUGCGAAAGCAGAAGCACUGUGCAAAGAGUAUGGAGAAACUAAAGGGCCUGGGCCAACGGUCAAGCCUUCAGGACACUUGUUCUUCAGGAAACUUGGAAACCUUGUGAAGAACACCCUGGAAAAAUGUCAGAGGGAAAAUGGUUUUAUUUACUUUCAAAAAAUUCCAACAGAGGCUCCACAACUGGAACUCAAAGCAAAUUACGGGCUGGUGGAGCCUGUGCCUUUUGAAUUUCCUCCUAUGAAUGCUCAGUGGACACCAGAAGCAUUGGCUGCAUUUGAUCUCACGAAGAGACCCAAGGAUGAUAGCGCCAAACCCAAGCCAGAAGAUGAAGUCAAGCCUGUGAAAGAACCAGAUAUCAAACCUCAGAAGGACACUGGCUGCUCCAUUUCCUAAACAAUGCGAACUUAAACUUGUCUUUCCUAUUAGAGCAGAUAAGCCGAGAACUUCAGCUUAAAUUUCUUGAUUUCUCGGAUGCCUGUAGAAAAAAAUAUUAAAUUCAGAAGGAAUUGGACUUACUUUAUUCAUUCCUGAUUUCUAACACAUGUUUCAUGCUUUGUUUCCAUACUUUUUGUGUAUGUGUGUGUGUUUUUAAGUUUUUUGUUGUUAUUUUUGAGGUAGGGUGUCACUCUAGCCUAGGCUGACCUUGAAUUCAUUUAUGUUGUCUCUCAAGGUCACCUUGAACUCACAGUGAUCCUCCUACCUCUGCCUCCUGAGCACUGGAUUUAAAGGUGUGUGCCACCAUGCCUGGCUCAGAUUCCCUUUUAACCAGGACAUUUGGAAGGAUUCUUUGGGUCUCUGAAGGGUCUAUGUGGGUUGGAUCUGUUUUAUGCUGUAGGUUGUAAGUUUCAGGUACGUUUUUCUGCCUUCACAGAAACCUUUAUUUUCCUUCUUUAAUACCAGAAGAAUGACAAGAAUUUGUCUUCAAUAGUAAAGGGUUUUUUUCCUCUCAGCUGUGUUAACUGUACCACUGACUUGUUAAGUUCUGAGUCAUUCAUCUGUCUUUUCUGGUAGGAAAAAGUCAUUUGCAGUUAAGAUCAGAAACCCUUCAAAAACAAAUCCCUUCUUUACAUAUAUCAACAUCUAGAAUUUACUUGAAAAGCAGUGUUUACCAGAAUCAGUGCCACUGGGUGUGCUGAGACUUUCUAAGCGCUGUGUCCUGGUGACCUGCGCUUCCUCCUGUCCCUUCAAUCACCCACGUGAUUUUUACAGAGACUUUUUCUAAAGAAUUUUUUACUAAAGGGGAGAACUUUGUACUAGCACUUAGUGUUUCUAUAAAAAGGGAGACCGGAAGAAUGAAAGAUGUUCAUUGAAGAAGAGAAAUAAUUGCAUGAUGUAAAGAAAAAACUAUGAAGUCAAACAAGAUAGGUUGUCCUGAGUUACACUGGUAACUUCUUGGUUAAAAAAGUUUUAGGAAAAUGCCUUUUGUUACCUAAUUUCAGUGUAAAUUUUAAAAAUAUGGUUUUCUAACAUAUGUAUAUAUCCUGUCAGAAUUGUAUUGCUUUAGGCCAAAGGCCUUAGCAAAAAGUUGGAAAAUAGACAUGGAUAGUAGUAUGUUCUUUAAAAAUGGAGCAUAAUAUUUGAACAGUUUGUCUAGGUAUGUAUACAAACUUGGGAAAUGGUAGGUGUGUAAUACUUACAAAAAUCACACGUUGUAUGUAGGUUGAUCCUGGUUGAUAUUCUGGGGUGCUAGUCUUCCUCUUACAAGUGUAGAUUGGCUCAUGAAAUAGGAAUUAUAGUAGUGGCAUUUGAGUGCUUACUAUGCACCAGUGUGCUGAGCACUUAGUUAAACCAUUACAGCCACACAGCCCCAGCAACCCCGUAAGAAAUAGGGAAGCCGGGCGUGGUGGCGCACGCCUUUAAUCCCAGCACUCGGGAGGCAGAGGUAGGAGAAUCGCUGUGAGUUCAAGGCCACCCUGGGACUCCAUAGUGAGUUCCAGGUCAGCCUGGACCAGAGUGAGACCCUACCUCGAAAAACCAAAAAAAAAAAAAAAGUAAAAAGUCUGCAUAAAUUGAAAUGGGAAUCUCUAUUUCCUUUUGAAGAAUGAAUAGCCUGUCUAGCAAUCAAGAUUAUCAAGUUACUACUUAAACCAUAGAUCAUUGUUCACAUUCCUUUUAAAAAGCUACAUAGGAUCAGUGCAUUUUAGUAUAUGGAAAUGCUAAUUACCAUUGUAGUCUAAUACUUAAUAUUUGAAGCUGUAGUUUCCAGAAUGUUUGGAAUAAUUACUGAAUGGGUAUUAAGUUUUUAUUUUGCUGCCUAUAGAAAAAAUAUUCUAAUAAAUUUGACUCUUGGUGGUCCUUACUAUACAGUCACCUGCAACUAUAUGCCAUUUACUGACAAAACUUUAAAUAGCACUUAACGCUAGCUAAGACCUGUGUGUGUUAGGUAGUAGUGCUCAUUAGCCUGGCUAAUAAGUUUUCAUGUCAAGACUUUUGUGGGUUAAGCUACCACACAUGAAUUACACACAGUACAUCUGGUGCUUCUGUAAAAUGUGGCCAGUGCAGGUAUGGUAAGUCCACAAUUGGCAACAUUUCCGUGGUCAGAUAAUAAAUCAUCUGCAGAUGUAACACUAUAUGACGAAUGUGGCCCUUUAUGUAGUUUUGAAGUGGUAUUGGUAAUUUUGGGAAAUUACUAAAUGAGAAGAAAUUGCAUGAAGACUGUAAAGAGAUGGAUCUAUUUGUAUUAACAGUUGCAUAUAUUUCAUACCAGGCAAUGACAUCUAACAUGCUACUUCUGCUAACUGUGCAUAAUGAUUGAUCUUUUUGUUUAUGAAAAUAAAACCAAUUUUACUUAUA